UUCCUAAGUUUUUUCUCCUUUUUGCCAAGCCCUUCGCCAUUAUCCACUUCCUUCCCCGUCCGUUGCCUUCCUGGAAGCCACGACAAUGGAGUCUGCGUCGCUCACACCAUUCACCAAUCCAUUCCAGUGCGCCUCCCUGUCUCCAAGAUGCUGGUGUCCAUCGGAAUCGAAGAAGGUACGGUCGGCAUCUCGCAGACGGGCUUCUUCUCUGAAGGCAACUUGUGGGCUUUCUAGGAGGAGGGCAGUUUCAGAGAUGGUGGUUCUUGGUGCGGUGGCUUCAUGCAUUGAUCCUCUUGCUGCUCUCUCCAUGCCAGUGCAAGCAGCAAUGAUGGAGCCUGAUGUUAUCAGGUACCGGAAGCUGGACACUGGAGUGAAACUUGAAGAUGUUGUCGAGGGGGAGGGACCGGAAGCACGGGAAGGCGAUCUGGUGCAGUUCAACUACGUCUGCCGCCGCGCAAAUGGUUAUUUCGUGCAUAGCACAGUAGACCAGUUCAGUGGCGAGAGUAAGCCGGUGACGCUUCCACUCGGCGGAAAAGAGAUGAUUCGAGGCCUGAAAGAUGUCCUAAUCGGGAUGAAGGUCGGAGGCAAGAGGAGGGCUCUAAUUCCUCCCGAGGUAGGCUACAUCGAUGAGACCUUGAAGCCAGUACCGGAAGAGGUGCAGUAUAGCCCUGACGAACUCCGGUUCCUGCCUUUUCUUCUGCCUUCUCUUCUUUGGAAGCAAAAGUAGUAGCACACUGCUGCAUUUUGUUUGGACCACGGCGGAGUCUGCUGUCACAUGCCAAGGAGCCACUGGUGUUUGAGGUUCAGCUUCUGAAGGUCUUGUGAUUCUGCAUGAUAUUAUCAUCCUUGGUCAAUGCAGCCAGUGCUCCAAGAGAGCCUGGAAUCACAGGAGUUCAUUCCGAACUAAAUCUCCUGCCUCUGAAGACGCAGUAAGCAAGUUGAAAUUUUGAAUCGAUGAAAGAGACAAAGAGCAGCCCUCCUGCAGUCUUCCUUCUGUUGAACACACCAUUAAACUUCAGACUCUGAAUUCUGCAAUGAAUUGGAAAAGUGGAUGAUUUUUCAGAAGUUCACAAGAGCAUUUUCUUUAG